UGAGGAGAUGGAUACUUUGUCUACAUAAACUGGCAACUGCAUCCUCUGUGUUUCUUAACUGUCAUCGAGGAGCAAAGAGAGAGGGGCAGAGGAAAGGAGAAUUUGCCUGCCUGACUGGUUGACACUGACAUUGGAACUAUAUUCACCAUGAAUGCUGCUGAAUUCCGAAAGAGAGGGAAAGAAAUGGUGGAUUAUGUGGCAGACUAUAUGGAGGGAGUUCAUAAACGUCAGGUCUAUCCAGGUGUGGAGCCAGGCUAUCUGAGACCCCUGAUUCCUGACUCUGCUCCCCAGGAACCAGAAACAUUUGAAGAUAUCAUUAAGGAUGUUGAGAAGAUAAUCAUGCCAGGGGUAACUCAUUGGCACAGUCCCUACUUCUUUGCUUAUUUCCCCACAGCCAGCUCAUAUCCAGCAAUGCUGGCCGACAUACUAUCAGGUGCGAUAGGCUGCAUUGGCUUUUCCUGGAUUGCAAGUCCCGCUUGCACAGAGCUGGAGACGGUGAUGUUGGAUUGGCUGGGGAAGAUGAUUAAUCUGCCAGAAGCGUUUCUAGCUGGAAAAGAUGGAGAAGGUGGAGGAGUGAUUCAGGGAAGUGCCAGUGAAGCUACUUUGGUUACCCUACUUGCCGCUAGAACCAAAGUGAUUCGGGAGCUACAGGCCAAGUGUCCAGGACUGACAAAGGCAGCCAUCAUGGACAAGCUGGUGGCCUAUGCAUCUGAUCAAUCGCACUCAUCAGUGGAAAGGGCUGGAUUAAUUGGCGGCGUGAAGUUAAAAAUGCUCCCUACAGAUGACAAAUUUUCUCUACGAGGUUCAGCCCUACAGAAGGUGCUGGAUGAAGACAAAGCUGCUGGCCUCAUCCCAUUCUUUAUGGUUGCUACACUUGGGACCACUUCUUGCUGUUCAUUUGACAAUCUGUUAGAGCUGGGUCCUAUUUGUAAUAAGGAGAAUAUUUGGAUGCAUAUUGAUGCAGCAUAUGCAGGAAGUUCCUUCAUCUGCCCUGAAUUUCGGCAUCUUCUGAAUGGGGUUGAGUUCGCAGAUUCAUAUAACUUCAAUCCUCACAAAUGGCUUUUGGUGAAUUUUGACUGCUCUACCAUGUGGGUGAAAAAGAGAGCAGACUUGAUAGGUGCCUUUAAACUGGAUCCUCUUUACCUACAGCACCAAAACCAAGACUCUGGUCUUGUCACUGACUAUCGGCACUGGCAGAUACCACUAGGCCGGAGAUUUCGCUCUCUGAAAAUGUGGUUUGUGUUUAGGAUGUAUGGCGUGAAGGGACUACAAGCAUAUAUCCGCAAGCAUGUGAAAUUAUCACAUGAAUUUGAAUCUUUGGUGCACAAGGACCCCCGAUUUGAGAUCUGUGCUGAAGUCGUAUUGGGGCUGGUAUGUUUCCGAAUGAAGGGUUCCAAUGAACUGAAUGAAGCACUUCUUGAAAAAAUUAACAAAUCCAAAAAAAUCCACUUGGUCCCAUGUCACCUCAGAGACAAGUUUGUGCUGCGUUUCGCUAUCUGCUCUCGCACAGUAGAGUCUGUCCACAUCCAGCAUGCCUGGCAGCACAUUACAGAGCUGGCGACUGAGCUGCUGAAAAAGGAAAACGAGCAGAAAAUGAAUCAGUAAUUGCGGAGACAAAGAGAUGGAAUGGAAUAUAUAUAUAAUUAAAAAGUAAAAAUCAUCAUGACUGCAUAGUAACUUAAGGAAACCCAAGAUUUCUCUGAAGUUGCCCAGAAAUAUCAACUUGGAAGCAUUAUUCAUUUAGGAAAGACUGGUCAAAAUGGAUGCUGGGUUCUUUUUUUCUUUAGUCACAUCAGAUUUUUAAAUUUGAUUCUGAUGUUUUGUCAAAAGUUAGAUUAUUACAAAGCAUGUGAACUAUUAAUAUUUUCUCAAUGUUUGAACCAUAAUCAUAAAUUACAUACAAAACUAAGCUACUAUUUGUGAGAUGAAAUGAUAUUGUUUUUAAUUGUUUUGAAGUUAUUUGUGAUGGUGCAUUAAAUAAAGACUUAUUGAAAGGGCAUCAUGGGCAAAUUGAGUUUAUGUGGCUUGAUGCUAUACCUGUAGUCUUUCAGAGUAUUUUUUUGAUGUGGCUAUGUGUUUAAUAAACCACUUUGAUGUGCUGCCAUAA